CGAGCGGGAGGCGAGACCGUCGGACUCGAGCUGGCACCCGGGGACCGCGGCUGUCACUGCGCUCGGAACAUCCCGGUGGCUUCCCGAGUAGACGAUCCCGGCCUCGCGGCAGCUGCGAUCGCAACCCUAGCCCCCUGCGCUCUCGCCGCGCUCGUGGAGCCUCACGCCCCGGGCGAGCGUUCGUGAUUUAGCACAAAGCACGUUUCCAAAAAGCGCACGGGAGAGCUCCCGCGCCGCGCUCCCGCGCACGCACCCCCCUUCCCCUUUGUUUCGGGGGUCGACAGGCUGCUCUCCUCCCCAAGUCUGAAUUCUUCGCGGGGGGCGGAGGGCCGCCGAGUCUAGGGCUGUGAAGAUGCCCUUGGAGCUGACUCAGAGCCGAGUGCAGAAGAUCUGGAUCCCCGUCGACCACCGCCCCUCGCUGCCCAGAUCCUGUGGGCCGAAGCUGACCAACUCCCCCACCGUGAUUGUCAUGGUGGGCCUCCCAGCCCGGGGCAAGACGUACAUCUCGAAGAAGCUGACUCGCUACCUCAACUGGAUUGGCGUCCCCACGAAAGUGUUCAACGUCGGGGAGUACCGCCGGGAGGCCGUGAAGCACUACAGCUCCUACAGCUUCUUCCGCCCCGACAACGAGGAAGCCAUGAAAGUCCGCAAGCAGUGUGCUCUAGCUGCCCUGAGAGACGUCAAAAGUUACCUGACGAAGGAAGGGGGCCAAAUUGCGGUUUUCGAUGCCACCAAUACUACGAGAGAGAGGAGACACAUGAUCCUUCAUUUUGCCAAAGAAAAUGAUUUCAAGGUGUUUUUCAUUGAGUCUGUGUGCGAUGACCCUAUGGUUGUAGCCUCCAACAUCAUGGAAGUUAAAAUCUCCAGCCCGGAUUACAAAGAUUGCAACUCAGCAGAAGCUAUGGACGACUUCAUGAAGAGAAUCAGUUGCUAUGAAGCCAGCUAUCAGCCCCUCGACCCCGACAAAUGUGACAGGGACCUAUCCCUGAUCAAGGUGAUCGACGUGGGCCGGCGGUUCUUGGUGAACAGAGUUCAGGACCACAUUCAGAGCCGCAUUGUGUACUACCUGAUGAACAUCCACGUGCAGCCCCGCACCAUCUACCUGUGUCGGCACGGCGAGAGCGAGCACAACCUCCAGGGGAAGAUCGGAGGGGACUCGGGUCUGUCCAGCAGGGGCAGGAAGUUCGCGAAUGCCCUGAGCAAAUUUGUGGAGGAGCAGAACCUGAAGGACCUCAAGGUGUGGACCAGCCAGCUGAAAAGUACCAUCCAGACGGCGGAAGCCCUUCAUCUUCCCUACGAGCAGUGGAAGGCGCUCAACGAGAUCGAUGCUGGUGUUUGCGAGGAGAUGACGUACGAGGAGAUCAAGGACACCUACCCCGAGGAGUAUGCUCUGCGGGAGCAGGACAAGUACUACUACCGUUACCCCACCGGGGAGUCCUACCAGGACCUGGUCCAGCGCCUGGAGCCGGUGAUCAUGGAGCUGGAGCGCCAGGAGAACGUGCUGGUCAUCUGCCAUCAGGCCGUCCUGCGUUGCCUCUUGGCCUACUUCCUGGAUAAGAGUGCAGAGGAGAUGCCUUAUCUGAAAUGCCCCCUUCACACCGUCCUCAAACUGACACCUGUUGCUUACGGCUGCCGUGUAGAGUCCGUCUACCUGCAUGUGGAGUCUGUGAGCACGCACCGGGAGAGGUCAGAGAGUGUGAUGUUCCCGUCCGCACAGGACACCUACCUCCCUGUUCCCAAGGAGCUUGGCCACAAGGAUGCAAAGAAGGGACCUAACCCGCUCAUGAGACGCAAUAGUGUCACCCCACUAGCCAGCCCCGAGCCCACCAAAAAGCCUCGCAUCAACAGCUUUGAGGAGCAUGUGGCUUCUACCUCCGCUGCCCUGCCCAACUGCCUGCCCCCGGAGGUGCCCACGCAGCUGCCCGGACAAAACAUGAAAGGCACCCAGAGCAGCAUCGACUCCAGGACACACUGAGGCCGGACCCGGCGGUUCCAUUCCAGUUCCAUUCCUGCAGCUUAGUUAGUGCUUUUCCCAUCUACCCGAGGCCAGCGAUCCCCAGGACUUCUUCCGGAACGGGGUGGGUGGGAUCGAAGAGGGGCCUGCUGGUCAGAGAGGACCAGGCCCCCGACCGCGGCAGGGCGGCCGAGACCCCCAGAGGCCUCUCCCAGGGGCGUGUGUGGGGUCCGCGCCCUCUCCCUGGCCUCGCUGAUCCUCCGCACGGCUCAGGAAGGAUAUGAGCCGUCGAAGAGGAGCUGGGAGAAGGCCCCGAGGAGGGGAUGUUGGCCUCCACGCUGUUUUGUUUUGUUUAGUUUCUAUGAUCCUGACCUGGUAUGUUCCCAGCUUGGGGAGAUGACACUUGGCCCCAGAAUCCUAGAGUUAAAGGGGGGCCUAGAUCCCAGUUGCUGAAGAGGAAGGGAUGGUGAAAACUUUUACAAGGCUCUCCUGGGCCUCGUGGCUCAGAUGUUGCCUCGUGAAGGAAGGAUUCAGGCCUGCGCUGGGCUGGGGCCAGAGGUGCAGGGAGAAGGCUCUGAGCCAGACGCGCCUGUCUGAUCGUUAGCCACCUGCCGCGGGGCCACACACCUUCCUUCCUGGGUCUGCGUUCUGCCUCUGCAGAUGCUCAAGGACAGUCUGGCUGUGUCAGCAAAGGGAAAUACUGUUCCAGAAGAGCCCCAGGGCCUCCCCCCUCCCCCUCCCCCCUGAGCUGCUUGCUCUUGCACUUUCUUAACUGGCAGAAGGCGGGAUGGGAAAGUUGCACCUUCUCUUCAGGAACCUUGAUGUUUGGGAUUCGUGCCCUUGGAGGCUGGAGCUCGGAAAGCAUGUGGGGAAUGGGGCAUGCCCAUGAGAUGGGGAGCUCAGGGGGACCCCAGUCAACCAGCGGGCAGCAAGUUGUUCGGAUCCUUGCAAGACUGACCCGGGAGAUGGAGCAGAGAUGAUCAAGCCUCUGGCCUCCUUCCUUCAGGAUGUUCAUCGUCUCCCUGUGCUUCCCACGUGGGGACGGUGGCCCAGCCGAGACGUCCCCUGUGGCCGCAUCCUCCAAGAGGCUGUCUGUGGUCUCCUGGCGGGACUGAGCUCAAUCCUGCAUAUUUGUGUGGAGCAUCUGCUAUACACCCAGCAUGGUCCUGGGUUGCUUUAUUCUGAAGAAGAGAAUGUCCUCACUUGCCUUUGGCUCCUGUGGCAUUUUUGGGGGUGGAUCAGAGCAGGGCUUGUGGGGCAUGUGGUUCUGAAUACCUGUAGUUUCUGCCUACUGGUUUCUCCUUGCUGCCUCCAUGGACUGGGGAUGAGGAGGGGUCCUGAGGCCCAGAAGAAAUGAUUUGGAGACUCCGUGGUAGAAUUUGCCCAAAUGACCCUUUGAAGAAUCUCUAAAAAGCUGGUGCCAAAGGUCACUUCCCUUGCUCGCCCUCUGCUUUCGAGUCGGACAGUCUCACCCCUCUAAGCUGACAGAGACGUGUACUGGGAGUGGGCUCGGGGUGUGGGGGUGGGGGGCUUGGACAUCCAGACCGGGGGCUGGACAACACGUGUUUUUCUGGUUGGGGUUCAGUGGGACAUCGGGACAUGCUUCCGAUACCAUACAGUCAAGUUCGUGGGUUUCGCACCGAAACAUUCAGAUCCUCCCCCAUAAUUCCCCAGUUGGGCACUUUGCCCGAAACGAUGUCUGCGUACCUGUGUUCCUGUGUGGCCGAAGAUGGUCAUUUUCCCUUUCCUGCCAUCUCGAGUCUCGUCAGACGGCGAGCGUGCGCGCACGAGCGUGUGCUUGUAGGUCGGUCGUGUUUUUAGACCAAGGGGCGUGCAGCUCUGCUCUUGAGGACAGCUUUCUUAAGUCCCUCUUUCUGGCCUCCUUGUCACGCUGGCCGCCAGAGCCAACUCUUGAGUUUUGACCCUUCCUACCGAUCCACCUGGGGCUGUGUGUGGGUGCCCUCCCCCGGCCUCCAACUGCUGAGGUCAGUACCUCCGGAAGGGAACAUCCCGAGCACUCCGUGUGUGAGGGCCCAGAUGGGGCGAGAGGACAUAAACACGGAGGAGCCGAGAGACCCCAGAGAGAGCAGAAUGCUUCCCGACGGAAAGCCGGGAUCGGACUCGAGGCGCUGGACGGAGCGUGUGUGUGAGCUGUGGUCAUGGGGCUACUGAUACUCCAUCGCCUCUCCCCCCUUACCCCCCGAAAAAUAUCUGGGACCAAUUUUGUUAACUCGGCAUCGUUGUUUUUGGGUGGGCUUACCCCGUGUCCUUACUCUGUCCUGAGACCACGGGCGAAGCUCGUCAUUCGCGGGGAGAAGAGAAACAACCACACCAAUGAUGUUUUCGUUUGUAAUACUUGAAAUUUAUUUUUUUAUUAUUUUGAUAGCAGAUGUGCUAUUUAUUUAUUUAAUAUGUAUAAGGGAGCCUGAAAAUAGAAAGCUGUAUAGAUCGGGUUUAGUUGUUCGUUGGUUGGUUUGGGGGCCUUUUACGUGUGACUUACGACUUUCUCUGUGUUCUGUAUAUUGUCAGAAUUAAUGACCUGGGAUGAGGGGUGUGCCAGCUUUUCAAAUGGGAUGCUUUUCAGAAAUUUGUAUAUUUUGCAGUUGCCAGAACAAUAAAAUACCUGGUUGAAAUACG